CACUCUAACUACGAACUUCAUCCAUGGUUGACGAUUGCUCUUGGAAAAAUUUCUAUUGUGAAUAACGUUGUUCUUUACAAUAGAAAUGACGGAUAUGGUCGUUGGCUGCACAGUGUCGAAAUAAGGGUCGGUGUGUCGUCUGCUUGGUCCGAGAUGGAAACCUGUGGCACGUUUGACGGACCAAGUCAGACAGGACUAAUCCACACAAUAAAGUGUGAGAAACAGCCAGCUUUGUACGGAUCUUACGUCACAGUUAAGAUAGUCCGUCCUAAUUACAUAACAGAUGACGUGAAUGCACAUGAUGGCAAAAAUGCCUUGGUUUUGAAAGAAGUUGUGGUCAAUGGAUAUUAUGUUUAA